AUGGCCUGGGUAGCCCACGGCUCGUCGGAGCUGGGCUUCAUCCAGACUGCCGGCCAAGGCCAGUCCAGAACCGUGCCCGCCGUUGCCGCCUACCGUGGCCGGCUGUGGUGCCUCUGGGCCGACCUCGACGGCAACGCGUGGUGCGCCGUCACCGACGACGACGGCAACUUUGGUGGCCGCAUGCCCUUUCCUCAGGCUGGACUCCCUGUCAUGGAAAACCUAAAUGGCCACCUCCACGUUGUCGUCGUUCUAGAAUCCGGCGACAUAGACCACUACAUUCUGGACGAUGAGCCCCAGCGCCAGGCUUCUUGGGUCCAUCUUGGGCCCCUUCCCGGUGCGACCACGCUCUCGAGCCCCUGUCUCGUCGCCUUUCACAACAGACUCUUUCUGGCUUUUGUUGAUCACAACGGAAAGCUGUACUACACCGCCUGGACCACCUCCAACCCCCACCCGAGUUCUGCCUCUGAUAUCGGGGGGGCCUGGUCGGACCCCAAGGCUGUUUCGAGUGGUGAUAUCGAGACAUUUCGUGGCAUACCCGCGCUAUUCGUCACUAACGGCACUCUCCACCUGCUUUGCGCCUCCGCGUCUGAGCCCAGUGAGAUUCUCUGCUAUGCGUAUGACCCGGCCAGCUCAGGCUGGUCUCCGUGUCACGAUAUCACCGAAGGGCGCGCGGCGCGCGGAAUAAGUGCCACCAGCUAUGGCGAGACAGCGUACAUGGGCUUCAUUGAGAAUACAGGUGCAUCGGCGGACCGGCAGGGCGACAGCACGGUGACCAUUGCCUCCUUCCUGCACGGAAAAUGGCAGCCUCACGAGCCCGUCGGCGGCGGGCAGAGAGCGGCCGACCCUCCCCAGAUCGCCAUUCUCAAUGGCAGAAUCCACUGCAUAUUUAACGAUGCCACCGCGACCAAGGACCUCCGCUGGUAUUCCCGUCCGAUCCUCGCGUACAGCAUGGCCUCUUGGAUGGCGGCCCUCCCAGACACAACAUUGCUCUCCAACGUUACUAUCCCAGGUACCCACGACUCGUGCGCCCGGAGCUAUGUGCCGUUUGUGCGCACGCAGUACCUCAGCAUCGGACAGCAGCUGGCGCUCGGGAUCCGCUUCAUCGACCUCCGCCUCCGCCGCCACGACGACGGCAGCCUCUUCUGCUACCACGGCGGCAUCCCCCUCGGCUUUCCACGCGGCCUGUCCUUUGUGGCGGUCAUGGACCAGGUCUGGGCCUUCCUCCGCGGGCCGCACCACACGCUCUCGGCGACGGAGACGGUCCUCGUGUCCAUCAACAACGACGACGUCUCGGAUGACCAGCACGCGAACCCAGGCAUCUUUUACCAGGCUGUGGACGCCGCCGUGGCCGCGGCCGCGCCGUACCCCGACGGCACGCCGCGAUGGUUCCUCGGCCCCGUCACCCCACGGCUCGGUAACGUGCGCGGCCGCGCCGUCGUCCUCCGCCGCUACCCGGGCGACCCGGCCGUCGCGCCGCGGGUCCGCACGGGUCUCGACCUCAGCGACUGGGUCGAUGACAGCCCCGACUUCACCAUCGUCACGCCCACCAACGUGCGCGUCCGCCUGCAGGACAAGUGGAAGUUCUCCAGCCGCAUUUCCCUGGCCGAUCUCGUUGCCAGCAAGAGCGGCUUCGUGCGGAGCCUGAUGCUGCAAGCUGCUGCCCGGCCGCCGCCGCCGAUGGACCUGGUCAGUAGCGACUCGCAGGCAAACCCCGAAACAGACGAGCACAACGGCGAUUGGUACAUUAACUUUUGCUCUGCCGUCGGCGACCCCGUCGAGCACGGCGAGCUGGCAGAGGCCAAGUGGAUCGCCGUAGGCGCCCGCACUGUCGGUCUCGACUGGGUCGAUGGCAUGAACAGGCAGGCUGAUGAUGCUAGGGGAGAUUAUGUGGGUGUUAGUGGACGCGUGCGCCUCGGUGUCGUCAACAUGGACUACCCCGAGCUGCCGGCCGACAAUGAUCUCGUUGCGCGGCUGAUUGAGACAAAUUUCUAG